UUUUCCGGAUGCCGUCUCUGUUGCUGGUGUCGCUCUAUUCAAGUUCGUCGGGUCCUCCUGGAGAAGACGUUCACAGAAAGUAAAAAGCUGUCAUAUCCAGUAACAGCUGAACAAUAUGGAGGAGGCAGGCCUGUCUGCCCAGGAACAUCUAGGCAUGGGAUAUGAAUGUGAAGAGGGGGUUUCAAAAGAAAUGUGUGGUGAUGAAGAAGAGAAAAAUCUCUUACUGGAGGAGGGUCUCCCUUCCAUGCAAACCAUGGACAUUAAGGAAGAGGACAGAGAGUGGGAAACUGCUUACCUUCAACAGGAGAGUCACAGCAUUAAAGAGGAGGAUUAUGAAGGGGUGACUGUGGACAUAAAAACAGACCCCGAGUUUACAUCUCGCAUUACCAACGUGUGGAAGGACGAAGUCUUAAAUGGUAUAAAGGAAGAAGAACACCUUAAAUCCGAGUCUGACUUUCAGGCUUUUUAUCCAAACAAACGGGAUCCUGGAUUAGACUUCACACCCGACGGUAACUGCUGUCUGCAGCAUCGUUCUGACCCGGUGAAGUCAGAAACUUUGGAAUUUGAUACGGAGAGGUCUGCAGUAGCAUCGGGCUCAGGUGAUUCUGGCACAGAUUUACAAGACAGUUGUGGUAUCUCCUUACUGUUGUUCACUCAGACCUUUGAUGGAAAUAUGAGGAAAGCAACAUCUGGACCAGGAAAUGAAGCAGCAGCCCCUUUGAAGGUUACUUCUCCACCUGUUGUGAAGCUUACAAAGACAGACACAAUCAGUACUCAACUACCGGUACAAAAUACAAUAUCAUUGACUUUCUUUUCCAGUCAAGAAAUGAGGAAACGUUUCUUAUGCACACUUAAUUACAAAGAGAAGGAAAGUCGUGCAACACAGAAGCCAUGUUGUUUUAAAUGUGGGAAACAUUUCUCCAGCAAAAGUAGCCUUAACAAACAUGCAAGAAUUCACACUGGAGAGAAGCGAUUUUGCUGUUCUGAAUGUGGCAAACGCUUCUUCACCAGGUGGCAACUUGACAGUCACACAAGAUUUCACACUGGCGAAAAGCCAUAUGGCUGUUCUGAAUGUAAUAAACGAUUCACUAAUCGUAGCUCUCUUCAGAUGCACAGGAUAUUUCACACUGGAGAGAAGCCACAUCACUGUUCUCAGUGUGAUAAACGAUUUGCAACCAUUUCCCAUCUUCACUUUCACAUGAGGACUCACACUGGAGAGAAACCGUAUGGCUGUUCUGAAUGUGGCAAGCAGUUCUCGGGCAAGAGUGGUCUUGAGACCCAUACAAGAAUUCACACUGGAGAGAAGCCAUACCAGUGUUCUGAAUGUGACAAACGAUUCACCACCAGCAGCUCUCUUCGCAUGCACACAAGACUUCACACUGGGGAGAAGCCAUUUCAUUGUUCUGAAUGCGACAAACCAUUCACAACCAGUGCCUGUCUUCGGAUGCACACAAGACCUCAGACUGAAGAGAAGCCAUAUGGUUGUUCUGAAUGUAAUAAACGAUUUACUACUCUUAACUAUCUUAAGAUGCACAAGAUAAUUCAUACUGGAGAGAAACCGUAUCAGUGUUCUGAAUGUGGCAAAGGAUUCUCUUUUAAGAGUACUCUUCUGACCCACACAAAGAUUCACACUGAAGAGAAGUCAUACUGUUGUUCUAAAUGUGGGAAACGAUUCUUCACCAGGAGUGGUCUUUAUCACCACACGAGAAGUCACACUGGAGUGAAGCCAUUUUGUUGUUCUGAGUGUGGCAAACAAUUCACACACAGCAGCCGUCUUAGAAUCCACACCAGACGGCAUACGGGAGAGAAACCGUAUUUCUGUUCAAAACCCUCAUAUUGCUGUUUUGAAUGUGGCAAACAAUUCUCCAGUAGUAGCUAUCUUAAGAUACACAAAACAAUUCACACUGGAGAGAAGCCAUAUAACUGUUCUGAGUGUGGCAAACAGUUCUCUACCAAGGGCAGUCUUCUCAGACACAGUAGAAUUCACACUGGAGAAAAGCCAUUUUGCUGCUCACAGUGUGAGAAGAAAUUCAAUACCAGGAGCAGCCUCGCAAGACACAUUCGAUUUCACAACAGAGUUCCCUUUUCUUGUUCAGAAUGUGAAAAACAGUUCUCUACCCAGAACAGUCUUAUGAGACAUGCUAGAAUUCACACUGUGGAUGACUGUAAGUCAUCUACAGUCAAAACAAUCUAAUGGCUUCUGAGGGUCUUUUCUAUCCACCUUGGUGACAUUCAAUACGAUCAAUCUGUUGCAAAAUCACAAAUGCACACAUUGCACAAGAAACAGUGCAAUUGUCUGUGUAAGUAGCUGUUGAGUAACAAUUUUGAUCUGAGGACAGAACAUGUAAACCUAAUGAUCUGAGUCCUAAUGGUUUGGAAGAGAAGCAGGAGAAAUGAACUGUUCAGGAUGGCUGAGAUCUUCAGUAAUACUGAUUGCUUUUGUAAGACACUGUGCAUGUUUGACCUGAUCAGAAGAGAACUGUGGAGCAAUGAUAUUCUGUGUCAACUUUAUCACCUUACGUGGUUGUUUGUGGUCCUGGUCUGAACAGGAACCCUACCAGGAUUUUGUACAGCCAGCAAGGGCGGACUGCACUUUACACUUCGAGAAGAUGGUGAGUGCACAUGGAACUCUCCAAGCUUUUCUCAGAUGUCUAAGGAAGUCAAGGUAGUGGUGAACCUUCUUGCCUCCAAUGCUGUGUCUCUCAGUCAUAGUGACUACACAGCAGUUAACGCUACAACACCCCCCUCUCACAUACAGAUGAGAGUGUAAUUAGAGAAAUGAACCUGUAGAGAAGGUUCUAAUGUCUCUUCUGAAUAUGCCAGAUUUUUCCUUGAAAUAGAGAGAUCUUCAAAAAAACCACACACAAAAGUAGGAAGAAACAAUGUUGCUGUUCUGGGUGUGGUAAACUCUUCUUAAGGGCCAUACCGGAAUGCUCAUUACAGUUUUUUUCAAAUGCUAAAACACAUUUCACAAACGUUUCCUCCAUGUUCCCCAAUGUCUAAACACAACACCCUUUUCUAAAGCUACAUAAACACAACCACACCUUCUCACUUCAAAACUCAAACUUUCACACCAAAAGAGCAGCUCGAAGCUUUCAAAAAUGUAAACACUAUACACACCAUUACACACUACAGCAAAACAAUUGAAAACACAAUGCUCAAUUUGUGAGAAGGUUCUUUGUUUCAUAACUGCCAAUGCAUAUUUUUAGAAACUUUACAGUAACGGAUCUUCUUACAUCUCUGCAGAGGACUAGGCAUUUAGAUUUGUGAGUUUCAUAUGAAGAGUAUAAAUCUAUAGAAAAUUCUGCAUGUACACUACUGUAACACAACUCAAUGCAAAAACAGAAUCUAUUGCACACAACGGUACUCUUGAAAACAUGAUCAGGGUGUUAAGUUUUUUUAUUUACUUUAUUUACACCACACACACAACACAAUCACUGUGCGGUAUCAUGUCGCUGAGCUACAUCGGGCCACAUCACCUCAUCCACAUCGCAGGCUAUAUUGUCUCUUGCCAAGCACCGCGGGAAAAACACCCUGGAAUGGCGAAUCCAUCCUUGGAAGGCCUCCACUGGGAUGUCAACACAGGCCAGCUCCAUUGCCCUUAGGAGGUUCUCUCUAGUGUAUGGUUGUCUGUCAGAAACCUUCCAUCUCCACGAUGAGAAGAACUCUUCUAUAGGGUUCAGGAAAGGGGAGUAGGGUGGCAGACAGACGUUUAAAAAGUGGUUACUGUUAGUGGUGAACCACUCUCUGAUUUGGUUUGUUCUGUGGAAGCGGACAUUGUCCCAAAUGAUCACAUAAAUGUGAUGUGCGGGCCAAGGAUGGUGGUGUUGGUGGUCCAGGAGGAUGUCUUUUAGCUCCUCUAGGAAGGUGAGGAGACAUUGGGUGUUGUAAGACCCAAGGACAGCAUGCCGGUGGACAAGCCCCUCCGAACCCAUGGCCGCACAAAGAGUAAUAUUACCCCCCCGUUGGCCAGGAACCUCAGUGAUGGCUCUUUGGCCAAUGAUGUUACGGCCUCUUUGCCUUCGUUUCUGCAGGUUGAAGCCAGCCUCAUCCAGGAAGAGGUACUCAUGAGGUCUGGCCAUCGCGUCCAACUGUAAUAUCCUCUGUGAAAAUGUGAAAGUGCACAGGUGUUCAGAACAACAGUCAAUCAGGUAGCACAGUAUUGUCCAGAAGUAAUGUUUGCCACUGAGCAACACAGUAUGUCCACUAACUGUACUGUGAACAUGGAUGUAUACUUACUUGCACAUACUCGUAACGUAGGUCUUU